CAGCAGGCUAACUGUUAGCAAACUGUGCACAGAAGAAGACCGGUGGGAUGGAGCCGAACAGGAACGCGAGUGUCGUGAUCUUUGGAUACGUUUAGAGAAUUAAAGACACUUUUGGACCAAAAUAAUAUGGACAGACUGAUGUAAAGUGUUGACGUGAACGAGAAGAGGAUCAUUUGUGACGCUGUUCUGCGUUGAAAGUUGGGCUGUCGCUCUUGUUUAGUUAGCAGCUCAGUGCCGCAGUGGCCGCAGCACGGCUCGCUUUCUUGGUUGUAACAGUUAAAAGGUGGUGAUUAAAAACGUGGGUCGGCUGUGAUUAGGCAGGCUAGCCCCGAGGCAGGUCGGUUCAGGUGGGGCUGCUGCUGCUGCUCAGGUGAUGUUGUCCGUUCUCUCUUACGGCAGACUGGUCGCCAGGGCUGUGAUCGGCGGUCUCUCUCAAACAGACAGCCGCGAUUACAGCCUGGUGUCGGCGAGCUUUGGAUACGGGAAAGACUUCCGAAAGGGGAUUUUGAAGAAAGGCAUGUGCUACGGCGAUGACGCCUGUUUCAUCGCCAGACACAGAUCCGCUGAUGUCUUGGGUGUGGCUGAUGGAGUGGGUGGUUGGCGUGAUUAUGGAGUAGAUCCCUCUCAGUUCUCUGCAACCCUAAUGAGGACUUGUGAGAGGCUGGUCAAAGAAGGUCGCUUUGUACCCAGUAACCCAGUGGGAAUCCUUACCACCAGCUACUAUGAGCUCCUUCAGAACAAAGUACCUCUACUAGGGAGCAGCACAGCCUGCAUAGUGGUGCUGGACAGACAAAGCCAUCGGCUUCACACAGCAAACUUGGGUGAUUCAGGCUUCCUGGUUGUUCGUGGAGGGGAGGUAGUCCACAGGUCUGAUGAGCAACAGCACUAUUUCAAUACCCCCUUCCAGCUUUCAAUUGCUCCCCCAGAGGCAGAGGGCUCUGUCCUUAGUGACAGUCCUGAAGCUGCUGACAGCUCAUUCUUUGACGUUCAGCUAGGAGACAUCAUUCUCACAGCCACAGAUGGACUCUUUGACAACAUGCCAGACUACAUGAUCUUACAAGAACUCAAAAAGCUAAAGUAUACAAAUUAUGAGAGCAUCCAGCAGACAGCCAAGAGUAUUGCUGAGCAGGCCCAUGUUUUGGCCUAUGAUCCCAAUUACAUGUCACCUUUUGCACAGUUUGCCAAUGACAAUGGACUGAAUGUAAGAGGAGGAAAGCCAGAUGACAUCACAGUUCUGCUGUCAAUCGUUGCAGAGUACACAGAUUGAUGCUUGUUCUGACUGCUCCUCUUGUUGUCUUCCUAUUGUUCACUGGAGUGGUCAUUGCUUCCUGCUGGCAGGAUGAGGGCUGAUUAAAUUUUUCCUUUCUUUGGCAAGGAUCUAACCUUCAACCUCUUCCAUGGGUUUUUAGCAUAUCUUUCUCACUCUCAUUUUCAGUUAUGACCUUUACCUUCAGCAUGUGGCUGAACAGAAAAUAAUAGUCCUCUUUUUACAUCUUGAUAUGAACCAGUUAAAAUGGGCUAGCAUUGCAUCUGCUCUUCAGUAACUCAGCUGUUCUGGGCUUGAUGAGAGCUUUUACAGGUGCCUGGUCUCACAGUGAUCUUGUAAUGAAUGGUAAACUAUCAGCAUGUAAUAAAUGUUUUUAAAGAGAGAUAAUACAUAAAUGAGAUGUCAAAGAUUAAGGGGUCUGGAACCAACAAAUGAAGAAAGAGCUAAGCUCAGGAUGAUGAGAGAUUGAUACAUUAACAUAACCAUAAAAGAGCUCUCCAAAAGGUACAUCUCUUAAGCAAGGAUAUGCACCCUAAAAAUAACCAGUGAAACGAUAAACACUGAUCCCACAUCAUGUGUGAGUGAUUAUCAUGAAAAUGGUACCGUCACGCCAAUACUAGACUAUCUCUGAGGAGUCUACAGAAGAGUUGGGGCUAAAUGUGUUGCCAUGCCAAUGGCAAAGCCAGGGGAGAUCAACUCAACUGAGAGGAAUCUCUACAAAUGCCAGUUUUGCCUGUUGAGUCUCUAGAACGUCCCUUUAUCUGCAUCCUCAAUCCAAAUCUAAUCAAAUCUUUAUAAAUGAGCCUCUGAUGGACAUCAGCUAUGUUCUGAGCCUAGUAAACUUAAAAUGGUGUCAUGUAAAGUCCAUUUGGCUUAGUCUAAAUGAACUGACUGCAUAUACAAUUGAAUCAUUGUUAAUUAAUCAUCAAAUGAAAAUGCCUUACUCCAAGUAAAUGGCAAAACAGAAACCUGUUCUGGAUGCUUUAUUUGGUAAACGUUGGUAAUAUGAUCAGCCUUGGCUCUGUAACGAUCCAAGUAACCAUAACACCGUUUCAGGGUCCAGGGCAAAGUGCUGUAGUAACUUUGCAAAGGGAGACAACUGUAAUGCUUUUUUCUGUUUUAUCGCUCUCUCUUUUUUAAAUAUUAAAUAUUUUAAAUAUUUAUUGUAUCAGACCAGUGUUCUCCCCUUACCACCUAAUGUGAGCUGUUAUGUAACUGACAAUGUAAGAGACUGCAAAGGUUUUAUGUUAAGAGGAAAAAAAACUUUUAAUGCUAUGUCAACCACUUUGGAGGUUCUUAUGCUAUUGUGUGUAUGUAUUUGCACAAAUGUGCGUAUGUGUGUUUGAAUGAGAUGUAUGUAUAAGGUGUAUAUAUAAACUUGCUGUAUAUUUAUGUAUGAUGUAUGCAUUUGGCAAGUGUAGGCUAUUACACAUCAGACAUUGUAUAUGAAAGUAACCUAUAUUUGAUAAGUGUGUGGGUUCUGUGUUUAUUUUGUUUUCUUGCUCUGCGUUUUUUUUUUUUUAACUUAAUUUUAAAUAUUCCUUGAGGUGUAUACUGUUAACGCACAAGGCUAAUGCUAGCAUCUGUGAAUGCUUAAAGUGGAUAUGUGAUGGGUCACAUGAUCUAAUAAAGGUUUAUUUUUUUAA